UCUUUAAUAGAAAGUUGACGUUGACGUCUCAGGUACAGGUUAGGGGAGAAUUGUUUUUAUUUUUUGAUAGCCACCGAGGAGGGUUUUAAUUCAUUUCGGUAAGGAACCCCUCGAAUUUGUGCACAAUGUCUGGUGAAUGCAAGGAACUCCAGGACGAGGAGCGUGAAGCGCUUGCCUCGAUUUACGAGGGAGAUGAUAUGUUCAAGCAAAUCAAUCCGACGACGUUCCAGUAUAAGUACGGAGAAGACGGCGACAAGAAAGCUUUCCUGGUAGAAAUCUCAUGGGGCGAAAACUACCCGCAAGAAGCUCCCAAUGUGAACAUGGAUACGUUUUUCAAUGGACAUUUAGUGAAUCCCGUAAAGGAGAAGAUAGUGCAGGUCCUAAAUGAAGAAGCCACACAAUGGCUUGGUUGCGGAAUGACCUACACCCUCUUCGAGUGCUUGAAGGACAAAAUAGAUGAACUCGUGAUCGAACAACCCGAAACCACGAGUUGUCCUGUGGAUAUUUCUUCAAAUGUUGAUGCAUUGAAAAUAGCUGACAGUGGGGACCCGGCGUCGAAGAAGGCUCCCAAGAAGGAGCAGCUGACAAAAGCGCAAAAACGGAGACAGUGGGAGCGCACAGAUCAUAAGGGUGAACGCGCAAGGGGCUGGAACUGGGUGGAUAUUGUCAAGCAUCUUUCGCAGACCGGGUCGAAGGAUGAUCAUAUUUCGAAUGGGACUAAUUUUGGUUCGUAGUAGAUAAUCGAGGGACUAGAUAGCGCUAUUGUGUUGUAUAUAAUAAAUUUUUGAGGUAACAGAGA